AUGGCGUCUGACCUCCUGCCUUUCACUGUGACGACCAAGAAUGACCACCGAGGUAACCGCCGAGUUUCAUUUGUGAGGACUGUAGAAAUCAACGUUCACAAGCAGACGAUCAUCAUCGGCAGACACAGGAGACAAGUGCAGGUGAAUGGAGAACUUCAGUACUUGCCUGUCAGUUUGUUAGGCGGUAAGGUCUCUGUAAAGCAGAGUGGAGUCUAUGCUUCCCUCACCACUGACUUUGGCCUGAGUGUAAAGUAUGACUGGAAAAUGAGGCUGUACAUCACAGUGCCAUCCUCCUACUAUCAACACCUGGGAGGCCUCUGUGGAAACUACAAUGGUGACAGGACAGAUGACCUGCCUGAAACAAAAGGCUCCAGGCUAUCUGCUGUGCUGAGCAUGAUCCAGAAGUGGAAGACCAAUAAGUCCGAUCGGUUCUGUAGUGAUAACUGUGCUGGUCGCUGUCCCACGUGUUCAUCAAAGCAGCAGGCCCACUACCGCCAUCCCAAACUCUGUGGGAUCCUGAAAAAGCCAGAUGGACCAUUUUCAGCCUGCCACAAACAGGUUGACCCCUCUAUGUACCUGGACAACUGUGUCUACGAUGUCUGUGUCAAUAGAGGUGCAAGACAGGUUCUCUGUGAUAACCUGAAGAGUUAUGAUGAUGCCUGUCUGUCAGAAGAAGUGAAAGUCAACCCUCAGUGGAGAAUGGUUACCAAAUGCUGUAGCCAUUAUGAGGCUUGUGGUUCCGCCUGCCCCCCCUCCUGCAUGCUUCCAGACAGUCAGAAGCUGUGUAAAGACCCCUGUGUGGAGGGAUGCCAAUGUAAUAAAGGACUGGUGCUUAGUGGAGACAGACUGUACGAUUGCAAACCCGUCACCUGUAAGAAGAAUGAGCACUGUGCCUUGAAAGGGGGUGUGAGGAGCUGCUACCCAGCAUCCUAUGCAACAUGCCAGGGAACUGGAGACCCCCACUAUCGAAGCUUUGACCAACAGCGGUUUGAUUUCCAGGGCACUUGCACCUAUAUCCUGUCUCAAGUCACCAAGGGAUCAGACCAUGACCUGGAACCGUUCCAAGUGCUGGUUCAAAAUGAGAACAGAGGGCGUAACAAGGCUGUGUCCUACACCAAGUCCGUCUCCCUUGUUGUGUUCGGUAACAUCACUGUCAGCAUGAGUCGUGCCAACAUGGGGAAAAUACUGGUUCAACUGGAACAGCCACGUCAGCUUGACUUUGCCCAGUUCAUUCUCUUCUGCUACAAGUGGCAGGAGGAGCGCCUGGCUGCACUAGCGACUGUCCUGAUGGUAAAUGUCCUGAGUGUGAGCCUGCGCUGCUCCUACGUUACCAACAGCAGAGCUCCUGUGGUGUCAUCGCUGACAAGGACGGACCGUUUAGAAGGUGGAGAAGUACAGUGUGAUCCUAAAUUUAGCUGUUCAGCCAAUGAGAAGUGUGUUGUGAAAGGAGGUUUCUCCUCCUGUUCUCCCACAAGUGUUGGCUCCUGUUCUGUGAGUGGAGUCAGGAUAGUGAGGUCCUUUGAUGGACAGGCAUAUCCUCUGUGGGGAGACUGUUUGUUCAUGUUGGUAGAAGUGGAGGAGAACAAGGGAGGGCUGGAAGCCUUCUCUGUGUCUGUACAGCAGCAAACCAAUAAGGAUGGUACCGUCUCACGCAGUGUGAAGCUCCAGGUUUACGACAUGGAAAUCACUAUGGAGACCGGGGUUGUCUGGGAAAUCAAGGUUGAUGACAUCAAAGUCUCCCUUCCUGUGUCACUGGCUGAAGGGAACCUGCGAGCACAUCAAAAUGGCAUCAACAUCAUCAUUGAAAGUGACUUUGGUCUGAGACUGACCUACGACAGUUUGGCAGGCGUGUUCUUACAAGUCCCAUCCACCUAUCGCAGCUCUCCACGUGGUCUCUGUGGCAACUAUACCGGUGAGCUGUCUGAUGAGCCAGCAUCAGCAGGAGAGAAGCCAGCAGAUGCAGCAGCAGUUUGGGUCAUAAAGAAGGAUGACGCUCCAUGUGAGACCAGUUGUGGUGCCGGUUCCUGCCCCAAGCAAGAUGGACAGAAGGUCCCAGAGGCCCAAAAGGCCUGUGACAUCAUCAAAUCCCAGCAGGGCCCGUUUGCAGGCUGCCACUCAACAGUGGCCCCAACUCCCGACUAUGUUGCUUGUGUCAGUGGUGUGGGCUGUGGCAGCCUCAGUAGCCUCAGUGGGGGCAGUGUCUGGGUCACUCCAGGCUCCUUGCACUGCGGGCGGUCUGUGACGUGUCCAGCAGGAAGUCACUAUGAGCUGUGCUCCUCGUCCUGCUCCUCCACCUGCUUCUCUCUGCAGAGGUCAGAGCCCUGCCCAGUGUGCCAGGAGGGCUGCCAGUGUGACGACGGCCUGAUGUCUGACGGAGUCCGCUGUGUGCCCGUGGAGAAAUGUGGCUGCUCGGGUGCAUCAGUGUUACUGGAGGACUGCUCAGAGCGCUGUGUCUGCCAGUCUGGACAGUUCAGCUGCAACUCCACCAGCUGCCAGGAGGGCGAGGAGUGUAGCAACAAGGAUGGAACAAUUGGCUGCUACUCCACAGACCCUUGUGCUGAUGUUGAGUGCAGGGUAAAAGAGUACUGUGAGGUGUCAGAAGGCCAAGGAGUGUGUGUUCCUGAUUCUAAGGCCUUUUGCUGGGCUUUCGGCGACCCACACUACACGACGUUUGACGGCUAUACCUACUCUUUCCAGGGAACCUGCUCCUAUGUCCUCGUCAACACCACAGGUGUUGACCCCUCCCUGCCAGAGGUCACUGUGACCACCAAGAAUGAGCUGCGUAAUAACCCUGAAGGCUCCUUUGUGCGUUCAGCCACUGUGGAGAUGUUGGGCCACCGUAUCACCAUCCCAUCCUCUGACAGAGGACUCAUAUUGGUGGACGGUAUUAGGACGGAGCUUCCUGUCCUUCUUGAAGGAGGCAGCAUCUCCAUAACACAAUCUGGAAUAAGAGGCACACUCCAGACUGAUUUUGGCAUUGAAGUCACUUUUGAUUGGGCCACACUUGUCAUGGUGUCCAUCAGCAGCAGUUUCUAUGGUAAUGUGGCUGGGCUUUGUGGCAACUACAACGGCAACAAGGAGGAUGAGCUGACGGCGGCCGGAGGCAGCUUAGCUGCUAAUGUGACAGACUGGGCAGGGACGUGGAGCGUCGAGGACUUCGACCCCUUCUGUUACCACCACUGUGACGGCGUGUGUCCUCAGUGCUCAGCAGAGGACCGCAAAAGGUACACGGGUCCAGACUACUGUGGGAUUCUGAGCGAUAAGAAGGGACCUUUCUCUGGUUGUCAUGGUAGCGUGCCAGUAGCAGAGAUUGAGUCAGACUGUUUGUAUGAUGUCUGCACCAAUGAAGGACGGCAGGAAGUGCUGUGUGAGGCCCUGAGCAGCUACCUGGCAGAGUGCCAGGAAGCUGAAGCGUCAGUGUUGCCAUGGAGACAACUGGUCAAAUGUUCUGUUGCAUGUCCGGCCCACAGCCACUACGAGCUGUGUGGCUCAGCCUGUCCAGCCAGCUGCGGCCCUCAGCCAGAGGUGUGCCCUCAGGCCUGUGUGGAAGGCUGCUUCUGUGACCCGGGAUAUAUCCGCAGUGGAACAGAGUGUGUUCUCAAAGAGAAGGGCUGUGGCUGUACCCACGAUGGCCACUAUUACUUGCCAGGUGUUAUUUUCUGGGCCGACUCGCUGUGUAAUGAGAAGUGCGUUUGUGAUAGAGCGACACAAAAGGCGCGAUGUGAGCACUCCGGUUGUCGAACCGAAGAGAAAUGCAGUGUUGUGAACGGAGUCCAAGACUGUUACCCAAUCAGCUUUAAGACUUGCACUGCACGCGGAGAUCCACACUUCCGAUCCUUCGAUGGACGCAAGUUCGACUUCCAGGGCAACUGUGUCUACAAGCUGGCCAGUGUGUGUGGAGAUACUACAGGUCUGCAGCCCUUUGAGGUAAACCUGGAGAAUAACAAUCGUGGCAACAAAAAAGUGUCGUAUGCUAAAGUGGUGACUGUUCAAGUCUAUGGCAACACAUACACACUGUCAGUGGACUACCCAGGCAGUGUACUGGUGGACGGGCUUGAGAACUUCCUACCAUUCUCCAAUUCGUCCACUCAAACACUGGUCCAGGUUUAUCACAGACACAGACUGGCUGUCAUUGAAACAAAAUUUCUGAAGGUCUCCUUUGACUUUGCGAGUGCAGUGAGGGUGGAGCUGGCGACUAGUUAUCACAGUGCAGCCUGCGGACUUUGUGGAAACUUCAAUGAUGACCCUGCUGAUGACAUGACGUUGCCCAAUGGGAAGCUGGCUUCCAACGCCAAUGAGUUUGGAGUGAGCCAGUGGCUGGCGGACGUGGAGGGCUGCUCCCAUGAGUGUAAAGACUGUGCUCAACCGCUGCCCCCUGACUUCAAACCCCCCAGCUACACAUCAGUGUGUGAUGUCAUCACAGCACAGGACGGGCCGCUGGCUGACUGUGUAGACAGAGUAGAUUCGAAGCAGUACCAUCACGACUGUAUCUAUGACAUGGUGCUCAAUGAGGGCAAACAACAGUCCGCCUGUGACAUCAUCAGUGACUAUGUAGAAGAGUGUCAGAAAAAAGAAGGCUGUGUGAAGUCAUGGAGGACGAGGCGCCUCUGCUGGAUGCAGUGUGCAGCCAACAGUAUGUACAGUGUCACAGCUCCUGGCUGUCCAAUCAGCUGCACCGGUACAUCUCCACCUGCCGAGUGUAAGACCCUGCCCAGUGAGGGUUGUAUGUGUAACCCUGGUUACGUGCUAAGUCAGAAUCGCUGUGUGCCGCUGGCUGAGUGUGGCUGCGUCUUCAAUGGUCAGUACCUUGUGUCUGGUCAGAAGUUCUACACUAAGUCGGACUGCCAGCGUCUCUGUGAGUGUCAUGGAGGGAUGGUGACCUGUAAACACGAACCCUGCAAAACAAAUGAAAGCUGUGGAGUGCAAAAGGGAGUGAGGGGUUGCUACGCCGACCUCAAACAUGGCAAAAAAUGAUAAAACGGGAAAAGAAAUGCAGAACCUCAUCUUCUAAUGACGGAGAACAUAUCCAGCAAUGUUGUGUUUUUACUGUAAGCUAUCAUUCUAAUUAUAGAUUCUUCUGCAGUACUUCUGCAUUCAGGUACUAAAUGCUAAUAUAACUGGAGGAUUACAGGGGGAAGCGUUUCCUUUAGUCAGUCACCU